AUGGAAGCAGAAAGGGCCAAGCUCCCUGGCUUUGGCCUGCCUGUGAACUACAGAUCUGAUAAAUACUUUCCCAAUGCUGUCUUGCAUUGGUCGGGGACCAUAUUGACCGUUCGAGAGCUGAACAUGAUGGCAAUCAUGGACAAGAUCACUGACAAGCCGGACUGGGAUCAGAAGGUCUUUGACGAUACCAUCGUUCAGAAGUGGCGCCAGGAAGCUCUUGGCACCGAGGGCAUGGACGUGUCAGAGAAGAUGCUCCACUGGUGCUUUGCCGAAUUGCGUGACAAAGCCCGAUCCUUCCGAAGCGACGGCAUGAUCCCAACUUUAGACCUCGAUGCUGCGGUGAUCAAGUCUGAUACUGCCAUCUCUUCUGAGCUAAAAGAAGCCCUGCGAGCUGGGAUCGCUCCCCUCGAAGACGUCCCUGAUAGGCUCAAAGAUUGGCACCCCGGCUCUGACGGCAAGGUACUUGACCUCGUCCACCCCUCUUUGUUCCCUUUGAUCUAUGGCCGAUCCAAAGUCCUAUCAUCCGGAAAUGUAGGACUCCAAGAUUGUGUAAGCUGUAUCGGCAAAGGCGAGAUUGCCACUACGCCGGAUGACACAGAAGUCAAUGUUAUCGACAGGUCUAAGCUCACGUACGAUACCUGGGGUGACACCAAAUUCUGGUCCAAAGCUUUCCAGUGGCUUCCCUGUGACGUAAAGUUUGCCGGCGACGAUGUCAAGAUCACCAGCUACAUCAACAACCUGCAUCCGACAUCGCACCCAAGUCUCUACUCUGUCAUUGAAAAGUUCAUUGCCAAAUCAAUCCCACUCUGGAACUUGACCCUUUCCUCCACGCAUGCCGGACGCAAGGCGCGCAUCUUACAUGAUUAUACUGACUACGAUUACCCCCGAGGGGACAGCCCCCCAAAGGAAAUAGGGGAUGAUUGGGAUACUCAUUCGAAUUGGAUGAGGGCCAAUCGCGUUCUGCAAAGGCCGGAACCUCGAGAAUUUGAAUCGUAUCAACGGCCAGUAGGUGAGCAGGUCAGCCUUCGAAGAGAAUUUGGGGAGCAAGGACUACAGGUCAUCGUGAAGCUCGCCAACAUUGAGCUGACACCCGAGAAGCCAACUUAUGACGGUGGAUCGUGGCAUGUUGAGGGACAGCUCAAUGAACGGAUUUGUGCUACGGCUCUAUAUUACUACGAUUCUAAGAACGUUGCGGACAACUUUCUGACUUUCCGCCACCGCACUGAUGAGCAAGAUUUCGAACUGAAGUCACAUGACCAGGAUGACCAUGAGGGUGUCGAAGAACUCUACGGCGUCGAGCAAGAAGGGCCCAAAGUGCAGGAAAUAGGCCGAGUCGUGACCAGAGAAGGGCGGCUCCUUGCCUUCCCCAACGUCUUUCAGCAUCGAGUGGCUCCGUUCAAGCUCGAAGACCAUUCGACACCAGGACACAGAAAGAUACUGGCGUUGUUCCUGGUUGAUCCUCAUUGCCGCAUCAUUUCUACUGCCAAUGUGCCGCCUCAGCAGAAAGAUUGGUGGAGUCCUGAGAUCCGAGAGAGCGGGAGGCUUGCGAAACUGCCGAAAGAGAUUGUGGAUCAAGUGGUGGAGGAUGUAGAGGACUUCCCGAUCUCUUUGGAGGAAGCUAAGGAACUCAGGCUCGAAUUGAUGGAGGAGAGAAAGGUGUACGUGGAGGAGGUGAAUAAGGACAUACAGUCUUUAACAUUCUUCUUCUGUGAGCAUUAG